UUCCGGGUCUUUAGCUCAUCAGGCCAACCUUCUCCUUUCAAGAUGGCAGCAGCUAUGGAUGUUGAUACGCCGAGUGGCGCAAGCAGUGGAGCUAGCAAAAAGCGAUUUGAAGUUAAAAAGUGGAAUGCUGUGGCGCUGUGGGCCUGGGACAUUGUGGUGGAUAACUGUGCCAUCUGUCGGAACCACAUCAUGGAUCUCUGUAUAGAGUGCCAGGCCAACCAAGCUUCUGCGACCUCUGAGGAGUGCACUGUGGCCUGGGGUGUUUGCAACCAUGCCUUCCACUUCCACUGUAUUUCCCGUUGGCUGAAAACCAGACAGGUGUGUCCUCUGGACAAUAGGGAGUGGGAGUUUCAGAAAUACGGACACUAGCUGCAUUACUGCGUCAUUACAAGCAUCUCCUGCUACUUCUGUUCCCUCCUGCUUGUAAACAAGUUAUUUUAUGCCCAUGUCUUUUGUUUUGGUAUGUUGUUAAUACAAAAAUAAACAUGAAUAUUGUCACACCAA